CACCGGUCCCUCAUCAUGUCUCUGUCCGGCUCCGGGAGCCUCAUGUCCCGCAGGAACAUCAAGCUGGACUCGUUCCUGCAGCGGAGCAUGGAGUGCUCCGUGCACGAGCGGGUGCGCGCCUCCGAGCCGUGCGUGGUGGUGUCGGACGCCUUCAACAAGGUGUACAUGCACGUGGUGCUCAGCGACGAGCGCGUGUACCUCACCGAGCACAAGCCGCGCACGCUCACCGUGGCAGUCAGCUUCAGGCGCGUGCGCGGCAUCGAACUGCUCAAUGAUCUCCCAGAAUUCCUCAGUGGGCGGGACCGGGAUCACUGCCAGCACAUUCGAAUCGUGUAUGUCACCGACGAGCCUGCCACCAGGGCAUUUGAUUGGUUGAGGAGAGACAAGGGGGCGGGACUUCCUCUUGUAGCCCCCCCGUCUCGCAGAUCCAGUCACUGCCCGACGAUAACACACAACUUAGAAGGAGGAUAUCCUGCAGGGAGGAAUCUAAGGGACUGGAGCCAAGAGGAGGUCCGCAUGCUGAGGCCCGGCCGCUCCGCCUCCUGUCCGAACCCCGACACUCUGGGGCUCCUCCCGCACCCCCCCACCCAGCCCCGUCUCCACCCCCCCACCACCUCAGAGCGAAGCCUGAAGAGCCUCCAGAGCCGUCAGGUUCCGAGGAGGAUGGGCUCGGUUCUGUCUCGUCUGCUGAGGAGAGACGGCGGGGGGGGCGGAGAGCAGAGGGAGGCGGAGCUGCAUCUUUACGCCGUCUCUCCGACGUCCCGACUCCACCUGCAGCUGCAGAGCGCCUGGAGCAGCUUCAUCAUCAAGUCGACUCUGUUGUUGGACCCGCUCUACAGGAGAAAGUGCAGCUCGUCAUGUGACUCGACUCCUGGAAAACGACCUCCUGUCAUCAGCUGGGAGCGGACUGCUCACCUGUUCUCUCAGCUGACCUCUGACCUGCUGCAGGUCGGGAUCCAUGAGGAGAGUUUGUAUCUUCUGCUGCAGGAGCUGAACGUCUCCGCUCAGCGCAACGUGGCUCUGCGCCGCCUCUUCUGGAGGUCCAGUGAGUUGUGUGUUUUCCUGGUUCAGACUCUGGAGGAGUCUCUCCACGGCCGUCAGAGCCUCAGUGGAGUCUACACAGCAGAUCAGCUCCUGCUGAGCACCGUGGUCGUGGAGACGCUGGCCGUCAUGUUCAGGGAGACGCAGGCAGAAGCAGCCCGACUCCACCUGCUCUCUGCCAGAAGCGGCGCCCUGACCUCCAGGAUCCUGCUCGCCCUGAUCUGUGACCCCCUGCCGCAGAGCAGAGGGUUCCUGAUGGACCCUGAGGUCUUACUGUCGGAGUACCUGGACGCCGCCUGCUCGCUGCUGUUUGAGCUGCUGCUGCUCGGCCACGAGAGCAGCGGCUGUUUCUCUGCAGACGACCUCCUCUCUGUUGAUUGGCUCCUGCGAGUCGUGCAGCCUCAUCCUCACCUGCUCUGCUUCAUCACCCACCAGGCCCAGCAGGUGGUGCUGGUUCUGUCCGACCUGCCGGAGUCGGCCCUCGGUCCCGUCCAGGCCGUGCUGCUGUUCCAGCGCUGUCGCCUCCUGCUGGCCUGUCUGCAGCACAGCAGCCUGCUGGCUCAGCACCUCCGCUCUCACAUGAGAGAAGAGUUCAGGUACUUGGUGAAGACGCCGUGCGCCGCGGAGACGCUGCCGCCUCGUUAUCCAAUCAGUGGACAGACGGCCCGAGAGCUGGAGCUGCUGCUGACGCUGCUCAGAUGA